GUUCUACCAACAACACGGUAAAUUCACCAUUUCUUUGUAUAGAUUUUUUGCAAAAAUAAAGAAAUUGGGUAUUUUAAAUAGUAAAAUGGUGAUUGUGUAUAAUUAGCCUGCUAAAUAGUGUGGUAAUACUGUGAUUUACUUAAGUAAUCGUUAUUUUUAAAAUCGACCGGUCGAGUCAUUAAUUAGAAUAAAUACAAUGGAGGCCCUAAUUCCUGUCAUUAACAAAUUGCAAGAUGUUUUUAAUACCGUCGGAUCGGAUGCCAUACAAUUACCGCAAAUAGUCGUGUUGGGAUCACAGAGUUCAGGAAAAAGCUCUGUGAUUGAGAGCCUGGUUGGAAAAUCGUUUUUGCCACGAGGCACAGGCAUUGUCACAAGAAGGCCUCUUAUUCUACAGCUGGUUUAUAGCCCUAAAGAAGACAAGGAACAUCGGAGCUCUAUCGAUGGAACUAUUGAGCUGGAAGAUUGGGGUGUUUUUCUGCAUGCAAAAGACAAAAUAUUUAGAAACUUUGAGGAAAUUCGCUUGGAAAUUGAAGAAGAAACCAACAGAAUUGCUGGAUCAAAUAAGGGAAUAUGUCCGGAACCAAUAAACUUAAAAAUAUACUCUACCAAAGUAGUCAAUUUGACUUUGGUUGAUUUACCAGGAAUAACAAAGGUGCCUGUAGGAGAUCAACCGGCUGACAUUGAGCAACAAAUUCGAGAUUUACUAUUAAAAUACACCUCAAACCCAAAUUCUAUUAUUUUAGCAGUGGUCACUGCCAAUACAGACAUGGCAACGUCAGAGAGUAUAGCUAUAGCUAAGGAUGUUGAUCCCGAUGGCAGAAGAACAUUGGCUGUUGUAACAAAGUUAGAUUUAAUGGAUGCAGGUACUGAUGCUAUUGACAUACUUUGCGGUAGAGUUAUACCGGUAAAAUUGGGCAUUAUCGGCGUGGUAAAUAGAUCGCAAGCCGACAUUAUGAGCAACAAAUCCAUCAAAGACUCUCUCAAAGACGAAGCAUCGUUUUUGCAAAGCAAAUACCCGACUCUAGCGGGCAGAAACGGAACCCCUUACCUAGCUAAAACGCUAAACAGAUUGCUAAUGCACCACAUCAGGGAUUGCUUGCCUGAUCUUAAGACGAGGGUUAACCUUAUGAUGUCCCAAUUUCACUCACUGCUCACUUCGUACGGGGAAGACAUUUCAGAUAAAAGCAAAACUUUGCUGCAAAUCAUCACGAAAUUCGCGUCGGCUUACUGUUCGACGAUAGAAGGUACCUCUAGAAAUAUAGAGACCACGGAAUUGUGCGGAGGUGCUAGGAUUUGCUAUAUUUUCCACGAAACCUUCGGUCGCACCUUGGAUUCCAUUCACCCCCUUGCUGGGCUCACCAAAAUGGACAUCCUCACAGCCAUAAGAAAUGCAAAUGGGCCACGUCCCGCUCUCUUUGUACCGGAAGUGUCGUUCGAAUUACUGGUGAAACGUCAAAUUAGGAGAUUACAGGAACCGUCUUUGCGUUGCGUUGAGUUAAUCCAUGAAGAAAUGCAGAGAAUCAUUCAACACUGUGGCAGCGAAGUGCAACAAGAAAUGCUCCGCUUCCCGAAACUUUACGAGAGCAUCGUCGACGUCGUGACGCAACUUCUGCGCCGACGUUUGCCGACCACGAACGACAUGGUUGAAAACCUCGUCGACAUCGAGCUAGCUUACAUCAACACCAAGCAUCCCGAUUUCUACAAAGAAAUAGCCAUGGUGCCGACCAUGAUAAAAUCGGUGGACGGUAACAGGCAGAACAGACCGAAGAGCAUGUACGGAAAAUUUCAGAGCGGCUACGAGCCUCAGCCCUUGAUUUCGAAUGCUAGCGUGGUUAAAAAGAACGAACACGAUUUCUAUAAUUAUCUAUUUAGAAUUUUGCCAGUCAGUAGUUAUCCCGACUUUAUGGCCACUAUUCAGUCGCGCUCGAACAGUAACCCUCAGUUAAAUAACGGCGACGACGCGACCUCUUGGGUUUCAAAUUUGACUUCUUCACAGAACGGAAUCGAUCCGCAAGAAAUGAACAACCACGUGGUUAACAACGUCACUGAUAGCGUCAAGGCUGACGGCGAUUUAAGGUCGGUUCUCAGCCCUGUAAAGCCUGUCAACCUCUUACCGCAGGUGCCCAUCAACAGCAACAGCUACAGAAAGCUGUCGGAGCACGAGGAGCACGACUGCGAGAUCAUAGAGAGACUGAUUAAGUCCUACUUCUACAUUGUGCGGAAGUCCAUACAGGACACCGUACCAAAGGCAGUGAUGCAUUUCCUCGUGAAUUAUGUCAAGGAUAAUUUACAGUCAGAGCUCGUAACGCACCUUUAUAAAGCUGACAAUGCUGACCAACUUUUGGAUGAGUCAGAACAUAUUGCUCAGAGACGCAAGGAAGCAGCAGAUAUGUUAAAAGCGUUGCAGAGGGCAGCACAUAUUAUUAGCGAAAUAAGAGAAACGCAUAUGUGGUAAACAAGAUCAGCAAAUAAAAUAAAUUACGAAUAUCGUGUCAUCAGACUAGUCAAGGUUUGAGAGUAUUUUGCAGAUUUGUAGCAAACGUUGAAGUAUUUUAUUGACUGAAAAACUA